GCAUGGACAGCUUGCCUAAAGGGUGCUGCUAUUGCUACCGACAGCUGAGUUUGCCUUUGUCCAUAAUUCAUGCAUUUCUGGGAAUAACAAAGUCAUUCACAUCUCUUUAAUACCUUCUUUAUCAUAUUCUAUAAAAAUACAACCUUGCAUUCCCACCUUCCCCGCAUUGGACAUUUCCUUCAACUUUCUUCCCAAGAACUUUAGCAGCCUCCAAAGAAAAUAACAAACACCUGCAAGAAGCAAGAACUUGUCAAGCCCUUAUCUUUUGGCUAAAGAUUAUAGGGAAUAUGGAAAGCAAGGUGGCAUAUGACAACGAUCUCAACCUCAAGGCAACCGAGCUUAGAUUGGGGUUGCCGGGGACAGAUGACAGAGAAGAACAAGCACUUUUUAGUGCUAGAAACAACAAGCGGCCACUGCCUGACACGAGCAAGGAGUGCGGAUCAAAGAAAAAUUCUGAUGCUCAGCACGUGGACAAUGAAACUGCUCCUCCCGCGAAGGCACAGAUAGUGGGGUGGCCGCCAAUCCGAUCCUACAGAAAAAACAACCUGCAGCCGAAGAAAUCUGAUCAGGCUGAGGCUGCUGGUAUUUACCUGAAAGUAAGCAUGGACGGAGCCCCUUACCUCAGAAAGAUUGACCUAGGGAUUUACAAGGGCUACCCGGAACUCCUAAAGGCUUUGGAGAGCAUGUUCAAAUUCACCAUUGGUGAGUACUCAGAGAGGGAAGGCUACAAGGGGUCGGAAUAUGCACCAACUUAUGAAGACAAAGAUGGAGAUUGGAUGCUGGUUGGAGAUGUUCCAUGGGAUAUGUUUAUGUCAUCCUGCAAAAGACUCAGAAUCAUGAAAGGAUCAGAAGCUAGAGGCUUGGGAUGUGGAGUAUGAGGUACCUACAACACACAGCAACCCAGAAAAGCAGGUCGAGCAACGAUUUCUGUCAUUAAGAGCAAAUCCCUCAGCUUGGGUUCUCGAAAAAAAAAAUUGGAUCGGUUUGAAGUUUGGUCGCGUCGUUCACAGUCGCUAGUGUUCGGCUGGAAAGCGUCAGAAACGUAGUGUUUGACUGGUGGUUUGUGGCAUCUCUGAUGCUAUUGUAUUGCUCCUACUGAUUCUGUCAAGCCAAAACUGCAUGGAAGGAGUUAUUGCUUCGAAAGUCGUAUAAACUAAAUGACAUGUUUAUUCAGUUUGGUUUUGUAUUGUUAAUAUUGAUAUAGUGAUAUAAAACUAUAUACCAUAUAAGUUUACCCAA